GCUCGAGCCCGUUAUUUCUAGCUUUGCUGCCGCAAACGCGGCGCGUCAAAGUUUUACGUUUGAGUCGCACGCAAGGAAUGUCUUGCGCAAUGGAUUUUCGCUCUUGCUGUCAGAAAGACAUGGGCCCAGCUGUGGAGACAGUUGAGGCCUUGGACACAUAUAUCCGCGAGGAGCUUCCAGCUGAGCCAGAGGAGUCAGAGUCGCCAGAGAUGCCCCGUCUUGCUUCUCCAUGGAGUUUCUCUCACAGAUGCGCAGUAUCAGAGGGCAUCAUUCGGGGAAUUCCUCUUCAAGCUACACUUCGUGGCAGAGGCUACCUGUGGCGAAAGCCACCCUGUGACAUGAGCACGGCAGAGAAAAUCCGUCUGUGGAACAGGACACAGGAUGUCAAGAAGUUCGACGUUUUUUUUUCGCAUUCUUGGGCGACAUCUGGCAGAUUGAAGUAUGCUGCCCUGCUCAUAGACAGCGGUUUUGGUUACUCUUUCCUUUUCUGGAUCGCUGCAGAACUUUUGGCUGCCUCCCUGUAUCUCUUUGAUUUCUUGCCUAUGCCCCACCUCCUCCACGUUGAGAUCGCGCAGUUUUCUGGUGACUUUCCCCUGGGGAUGUGGAUGAUGGCUUUUGGUGCCCUAGCACAGUUCAUUGGUUUGAUACUCAGCCCUUACUUGCCAAGCAAAAGACGCGACUGCUUCGUGGACUUUGCGAGUAUCAAUCAGUUUGAGCCGGAGCUCAUGCAUCGUGGGAUUUUGGGUUUGGGAGACUGCCUGAGUUUGUCAACAGAGCUUUGCAUCCUGUGGAGCCCGAAAGUGUUCACUCGGCUUUGGUGUGUGUUCGAGCUUGCGGCAUUUCGCACUGCCAAUCCCUCUGGCCGACUGCGGCUCUUGCCCUUGUACAUGACGGUCGAGAUUGGCAUCACCAUGAUUUCAGCAGUUCUGGGGUCCCUGCUGGUCUGGAUCUCAGGGCCCGUGAUGCUGUCCCUAGAACCUACGUCGGGACAGGGCGGAGAGGCGGUGAAGUUGGCCGGAUUCCUUGUGUUGAUGUGGUGCUUUGUGUCCGUAUUGAGGAGGAUUAGCCUUCAAAAGCGCAGCUUUAUAGAGCAGUUAGACAGCUUCGACCUUGACAAUGCUGAAUCCCGAAUGGAGACAGACAAGGAGCUGAUCUACGAAGCAAUCACGCGGUGCUACGGAAGCCUAGAGCAGUUCACUGAAUAUGUCCGGAACGACUUGCGCAAGGAGCUGCUGGAAAGCAGUGUGUGGAUUCCCCUCUCUUGCCCCCUAUCGCUUGCGAUGCCUUGUGCGGCUCUGAGAGCGGAGUAUCUUGUGGCACUGUGGAAGGGCGGUGCCCCAGUCGACAUCCUGGGUGCAGUUGCUGCCAGCUCAGUGGCGUUCAGCGUUUGGUUAGGACUUUGCACUUAUUCAGUAUUUUACUUGACGGAAGUCUUUGGGAAACCUGUGCGUGCUGGACUUUUGUGGGCCUCGCUGCAGUCUUUUCUGAUUUCAUGUCUUGUGGUGACUCUAGUCGCUGCAGGCUCCGUGCUGGAACACACUGCGCGAAGUGGAUACCAAGUCGCGGUUGUGGCAUGGCUAUGUGUACUCAGCAUCUGGCUUGUUUUAAGCCUUACACGUUUGUGGCGAUAGCUUGGCACGUGUAACGGAUAUGCUGACUUGACGCAACAUACCGAUCCUCGAAGUGAGAGGCGUUUCACUGCUACAAUGUUACAACUGCUUACAAGUGCAUGAGGCACUUGUACAUUCGCAUGUUCCGCAGUAAGCAGAACUUGCACCUUUUCCAGUGCGGGUGCCGGCAAGCGUAUUUUUUGUGCUUGGACACCAGCACAGGAGCCGACCUUCUGUUUUGGCGAUGCCGGUGGGAAGCACCAUAUCGCAGCAUAAAACCGCAGCAACCCCGAAGCUUGUGCAAUUGCGCGCC